UCGUAAGUUGAAGUAUCCCGGGUCACGAAGGAAAUUGCUGCAAAUCUAACAUUUCGGCUGUUAUCUUAUUAUUUCCAGUAAAAGUAAAUCGUUUUUUUUCUUCUUUUUGGUCUGCUUUUUAUGGAGAGCGGAUAUGCGAAGGGUACCAUUAAAAUCAAAGAGCAGACUGCACUUGCCUGUAUACCAUGCAUGACCACAUAGUCAGUGGAACCAUGAAUGAAUCUACAUGUAACUGCAUUGGAGGGAGCAUGGAUGGAGUACUCCGUCGCAAGGGGAUUAGCAUGCUCGAGUUGCCAGAUGGCAAAUUAAUAUGGCACCCUGCAGGCCUCACCAGUCUGAGUUUGCAAUCUUGCGGAAAUACUGACGUGGUCGCGGUAGGGGAUGCAGAGUCUCGUCAACAUGCACAGCAUGCACGGAUACUCGUGGGAUUUCAAUCGCCAAAAUCUUGCAACAUGGAAUUAAAAUCAACCAAGCUGGAAUUAAAAGCGGUUGACUUUCCUGCUCGGCUGCUGUCGUUGACACCGAAACGUCAAGUCGUAUGGUGACCUUGACCUUUGACCCAAACCAAUGCUUACCAUGAUCGAAGGGUGUACGUUGAUGAUGAACAACAAGCACAUGCCGACGUCAAAAUUCUGAUAUGUUCGGCCGCUAUCAUAUAACCACAAAGAGAGAACCCAAGCAAUUGCGGAGCACGCAGUCGUACAUCUACUACACGGACGAUAAGAAGGGAGAAGGCGCUACAGGCAAUGUAUUUGGUGGCAGAGAAAAGAAAUCUGGCGAGAGGGUAGCUGUGAAGGUUUUCAACAAUGAGAGUUAUCGGAGACCCGGUAGCGUGCAGCACAGGGAGUUCGAUGUUCUCCUUAAGCUCAAACACCCGAACAUUGUGAAACUGCUCGCCAUCGAGGAGGAUUCUAGUUCCCAUGACCGGGUUAUCAUUAUGGAGCUGUGUGAGGGCGGUAGCCUCUUUAAUGUCUUGGACAAACCUGAGAACUCCUUUGGUUUGGCCGAGACGGAAUUCAAGAUCCUUCUCCGGGACGUUAGUCAGGGCAUGAAACAUCUUCAAGACAAAGGAAUAGUGCAUCGUGACCUCAAGCCGGGCAACAUCAUGUGCUGUUACGAACCCGACGGCUGUUCUGUGUACAAGCUGGCUGACUUUGGAGCGGCUCGUGAACUCGCAGAGGGCGAGAACUUUGUCAGCAUAUAUGGGACUGAGGAAUACUUGCACCCGGAUGUGUACGAGCGGGCCGUCCUUCGGAAACCACUCGUAAGGCCGUUCACGGCCUCCGUAGACCUUUGGAGCAUAGGCGUGACGCUUUAUCACGCCGCCACGGGGGUGCUCCCCUUCAGACCAUACGGGGGAAGACGGAACCGGUCCACAAUGCACCAGAUGACGACCCUGAAAGCGUCAGGAAUUAUUUCGGGAGUUCAGAGAAAGUCGGAAAAUGCACCGAUCGACUGGAGUAGAGAGUUACCCAAGACGACGCAGCUCUCACAAGGUCUUCGCUUUCAUGUGGAAGAAAUGCUGGCUGGUCUACUCGAAAGUGACGUGACCAGAAUUUGGUCCUUCAAGACCUUUUUUGACACCUGUCAGGCCAUCGUUAAUAUGACUGUCCUGGAUGUGUUCUACACUGUGACGUCACAGCUCCUCAAAAUAUACAUUGAUCCAACACAUUCGUUUGCUGAGUUUCAGGAGAGCAUUGCCAUACAGACGUCGUUACAGUCUGUCCACCAGGUGUACAUCUUCGAGGAUGCCGUCUUUUACCCAGAAUCCAACGUGCCCUGCCGAGACUUCCCCGAGACGACGCCGGCCAACCCCAUCUUUCUUUUCAAGUCGACGUUCGGUGGCUCUGUUUCGCCAGUCGCCCCUGUCAUCCCAACCGUACCGGAUGUUCCAUCUAGGUAUUCAUUGAGCACAGAUGCACCUGCGACAAAGAGAAGCAUCGCUGCACUGUUUUGUCUCAAACGAAAACAAGAACUGCUGCUUUUGAUACAGAUACUUCUGAACGCAGCCGUGAAGGCCUUCACUCAUGUAAUCAAAGAUGAAGUGAAGCACUUGCAAUACUACUUGAAUAAACUGGAAACCCAAAACAAGACAUUGCCGUCGGAACUAGAGAGCAUGCGCUCACGAGUCCAGUCGAUUCUGACGUUUUGGGGCGCUAUACACCAAAACAUCGCCAGCGCGAAAAAGACGGAGCUUGCCAAAAAGAUAAACGCCUUCGUAAUCGUCGGGGACGAGGUUGCAUUGCAAAUUGGGAAUACCCGGCAGCUUUCGUUACGACUCGAACAAGAGGCUCCGAAAUUGAGGUCACUCCACCGUCAAAUAGUGGAUCAAGAUGUUCUGACGAAGGAGUGGAAUAAACAGCUUCAGUGUCAUCCGAGGGACAAAUGCGUGGACCGUUUUGAUGUCAUGUUGCUCGCGCAGCUGGAAAUCUAUUCCAAUUUCUGCCGGGACAGCAAGGAGACUUCCCUCACGUUCAAUGCUGAGCAAAUACACAAGAUGGAGAAAAUCAGAUUUAACGACAUGCUACACAAGAUGAUUUCUCUAGUUCAUGAUCACUGUGAAACUAAUUGGCUGGAGAAACAUUCCGAGACGAUGAAAUGGUUCGGCACAGCCUAUUCCUUCAGGCAGCGAAUUGCCGAAGUGGAUCAAUUCUUGACCCCGCUGGUAUCUGACUUUGCUGCCAAAGAACUAGCUAUAACUAAGUUGGGAGAAAGAUGUCGAGAGGAGUCAGACAUCAUUGAAAGUGACAUAUCUGAGUUAAGAGCUGCAACCAGUUUUCAUCUCAAGGCCCCGUUCCAAGAUGAUAUUGCUCCCCUGGUGUCCCCUUCAGCGAGUACGCAAACCUCUGUCGUCCAGCAGGGGGAACCAAAGCAAUCCCGUGAGGCAAACAACCAGACACCGUGGAGUGUUUACGUCGUCAUCGGACCACGCGAGGGAGGUAGUCUGGCUUCUGGAGAAGAUCAUGUCCAUCCUCUUGCAGACUCUGGAAUUGCAGACCUGCAGGUGCCGAUACUGCGUGACUUUAAACUAGAGUUGCAGAACUGGCAAAUUCGGAGACCGGAAACACAAGCCAUAGUCAAGAAGUGUCAAAAUCUGACCAAGGAUAUGCAGAAUGAGUUGCUAGACCUCUCCGACCCUAGCCUCGACUUGUACGGCUACUCAAUGUGAAAAUCACACAAAGUUGGGAAGGACGCCCUGCCGACCUGCAAGCCCGCCCGAUGGCGACAUGCAGACAGGACCCACGAGACGAGAGGAUUAUGGCUUCGUCUCCCUCCACGUCCUUUUAAUCCAUCGGAAGGAAUUCCGUGUUCAAUGCAACGGUACACCAUUUAUUUUCCAUAAGUAUACAUUAACCUCGAGACAGUGGCGUAACCGGGAUUUGUAGUAAGGGAAACAAAGGUUCACCGCACGGGAUUCGGGUCAGAUUUGACCUAGAAUCGGGGCUCAAAAUUUAAAACAAUGGGGGUAUCGAAAUGACACUUUGCUGAUCAUGAUGACGUAUAUGGGAAAAUUCAGUUUUCACGGCGCGUAGCGCCGGAAAAUU